GAAAAAUAUUACUAAAAUUAUUACACAAAAGCAACAAUAUAUAAACCCCAAUCUCUCAUUUCUCCUCUCUUUCAAUAUUGCAUCAACAAAACAAAAACAAAAAUGGGUUUGUUUUUGUGGCUUCUCUUCUUCUUUCUGGCCUCUUCUGCCUCUGCCUGUGAUCGCUGUGUUCACCAAUCCAAGGCUGCCUAUUUCUCUACCCAUUAUCCACUUUCAUCUGGGGCUUGUGGCUAUGGCUCCUUGGCUCUUGGUUUCCUCGACGGGCACCUCGCCGCCGGUGUCCCUUCCCUCUAUAAGGAGGGAGUUCGUUGCGGCGCAUGCUAUCAGGUAAGGUGUAAAGACAAGAAAGUUUGCAGCAGAGGUGGCACAAAAGUAAUUUUGACUGAUCUGAAUCUACACAGCAAUACCACUGAUUUUGUUUUGAGUAAGAAAGCUUUCUCUGCCAUGGCUCUCAAGCCCAGAGAUAAGAAUAUUUUGAAAACUGGGACUGUGGACGUCGAAUACAAGAGGAUUCCUUGUGAAUACAAAAAACAAAAUGUGUCAGUACGAAYUGAAGAAUCAAGCCAAAAGCCACAUCAUUUGGCUGUCAAGUUCUUGUUCCAAGGUGGCCAGACUGAUAUAGUACUAGUUCAUCUUCAUCCGGUGAAUUCAGGGAGAACGAGGUUCAUGAACAGAAGGCAUGGGACAGCGGUGUGGGAGACAGAUGCGGCGGUGGAAGGGGCGGUGGUUUUUCAGUUAAGGGUGAUCUCGGGGUUCGACGGGAUGUGGGUCAGGGCGGAGCGAGAGAUGCCGGCGAAUUGGAGGCCGGGGAUGAUCUACGACCUUGGAAUUCAGAUCGACGCCAUUGCCAAAGGCCAAGAAAGUUGCACACCAUGCGACGAAGGCCAAUGGUAAAUAAAUGCUAAUGCUCAUCGCCCCAACUCCUCCUUUGUAGUCUCAAGGUUUCGAUCGUGUUUGCCUUUGUUUUCGACCGUGUUUGUCUUUCCUCGUAAAUGAUAAAAGAAAAAAUGAACAUCUUUAUUGUUGUUUAUUUUUAAAAGUUUUAAUGAAACGUUUUAUUUAUGUUUUAAWUAAUUAUUUGAACGUUACUUUCUAUUUCAUUCGACUCCAAUAAAUACAUAC